AUGUCUUCCUUCGUCAACAAGAUCAAGGAGACCGUCGGCGGCCACGAGUCCGGUACUCAAAAAGGUCAAAAGGGCCAAGGUCGUGAAGGUCGAUAUGAAGGGGGCACCGAGACCGGCGCCGGUAGCGAGUUCGGCCGAACCGGCGGCAGUGGAGUCGGUGGCACCCGGUCCUCCGAGUAUGAAACCGGGCGUACCACCGGCAGCUCGGGCGGCGGAUACGGCAGCAGCGAGACCUCGCGCCGCACCACCGGCCGCGAACAGGGCUUCGAGCAGUCUCGUUCUGGAGCCUACGGGUCGGGCGGUACCUACGGAUCCGGCGAAUCUGGCGCCUAUCGAUCUGGUGAAUCUGGUGGUACCUACGGUGCCUACGGGUCGGGCGAAUCCGGCGGCAUGGGUGGAACCUAUGGGUCUCAGACCGCUCCGGGCCACCAGAGGAGGGAACAGUAUGGCGAGCAGGACCCUGAACGUGAACGCGAAAUGCGUGGUGGCUACGGCGGCACUGGUGGCCAAGCCGGUUCCGGAGAGUACAGGACGCAGGGUUCCGGCCGCGAGCACGGUGAGCGAGGCUGGUGA